CACGCGUUUUCCUCCCACUUCUCUGGCCUUCUUCCUGUGGCAAUCUACCCUGUCAGUCGACGUACUGUACAGUAUAAAACGAGCACCCAAAAGCGUCCUCGCUGACGUCGUCGCCCCCCCCGGAGAAUCUCCUUUCUCGGAUCCUUCUCCCCACAGCCAUAGUAGUGGAUCCAAUCCCAUCGUCAUCCAUCCAUCAGCCAUAACGGUCCAUACCUAACUCUUCCGUCCACAGAAAUAGAGGAUGGAGAACCUACCGUCCGUGCCCGCCGCGUCGAAGAAAAUCAAGGCAAAGGCCACCCAACGAAAACGAACGGACGUGCAAGCAGUCUUCGCCUCGCCACCACCGUCGGUGCACGAACCUGAACAAACCCCUCCUGCCGAAACCGAAAACAUGGCAUCCUACGAGCAGCAUCAAAACAGUGUCGAUGUGGGUCUCAAACACUCGCCCCCUAACGCCGCAUCGCCGAGCGCCCUAGCUGCUGCAGCCUCCACCAGCUCCGUCGCCGCCUACAAAGCGGAACAAGACCGCAUCCUCGAACGCGCCAUUAUCGCCCGCUCUCCAUCCCACACAACUUCCUCCAACAACGUCAAUACCCACGGCCUGACUCCGUUACAAAAGCAUGUUGGAUUCUGGGAUCGCAACAAGGAUGGUGUCAUCUGGCCCUGGGAGACUUAUGCUGGUUUCUAUGCGCUCGGGUUCAAUCCCAUCAUCUCCUUCACAUCUGCGCUUGCGUUCCACAUCCUACACGUCUCGUACCCCACCCACGACUCGUGGAUCUUCAACCCCUUACUCCCUGUCACUAUCGCCAACAUCCAUCGCGCGAAGCACGGCAGCGACACGGAAACGUACGACACCGCCGGCCGUUUCGUGAAUGAAAAAUUUGAAAGCACAUUCGAGAACUACUCGAGUAGGCCCAAGAAGGAUGGGCUGACAUUCAGCGAUAUCAAGACCAUGUGGGGAGGGAACAGGAACGUGUUUGAUUUCGUCGGAUGGAGCUUCCAGUUCUUCUUGUGGACGUUUCUGUGGGCUCUGGCUGCGGACCCCGUCACGGGGGUGUUGAGCAAGGAGGAUGUCUUGAAGCAAUACGAUGGCACUCUUUACUACGAACUUGAAGACCGGCGCAAAACCACCAAGCUCCCUUGGUACCGCGGCGGAACCGGGUUCGGCAGUCCCACGCCCGUAGCGAACAAGAUUAAGCAGACGGCGCGUAAAGUCACGCCGAACGUCGGGUUGAAAAGUCAGUAGAUAUUGGUCUGGAUGAGUGAAGGUGUGGAAAGGGACGGGGAAGAUCGAUGUGGCGGAGGCGACGAGAGUAGAGAACAUGGGAUAGGAGCGGCAAGAGGUUUGGGUCCUACUGGCAUGGGCCGAUUCACACAGUGUCGAAAUCAUACAAUGUACAUACGUUACGUUUAUUGCCAAAUAGCCGCGACCUUAUACAUUGGGUGGCACCUUUUUCGUGUCAUACUCCGAAACCCUUUGAGGAAGAAAACCUUGGAGGGGCGUCGAUCAAUGCCAUUGUUAGACGAGGCAUGACACUGGUCCCCACGCGAGCGCUUGGCUCCGCUCUCGCUUGGUCGCGUGCGUGCCUCGUUCUGA